UCUUCUUCUUCUUAGCUCCUGGAGUCCUCUCGUAGCCAUGGAGUGUCGCUCGUUGCAGGCGCCGAGCGCCAACGCCAUCGCCUCCUCGCGAACUGGGCCGCUCGAGAAGCCGUUCCUUCACGGCCAGGUGCUGCAGCUGCCGAACAAUGCGAGGCGGUACCGGUUCGUGGGGAAGACGAGGCCCCUCGAGCUCAGGGCUCUGGCUCCAGGUGCAACCAGAAUGAGCUUUGCAACAACAGAAGCAAUACCAAGUGAUGUUGAUAAGAAAGAUGAGGGUCUUGUAUUUGUUGCUGGUGCCACUGGAAAAGUUGGAUCACGGACUGUGAGGGAGCUUUUGAAAUUAGGAUAUCGAGUAAGAGCCGGUGUGCGAAGUGCUAAAAGAGCAGUAACUCUUGUGCAGAGUGUCAAACAGAUGAAGUUUGAGGGGGAUGACACAAAGGAGGGGUUUAAACCUGUAGAGAAGCUUGAAGUUGUGGAAUGUGACUUGGAGAAGCCAGAUCAGAUAAGGCCAGCCUUAGCCAAUGCUUCUGUGGUUAUAUGCUGCAUUGGUGCAAGCGAAAAGGAAGUUUUUGAUGUGACGGGCCCAUACAGAAUUGACUAUAUGGCUACGAAGAACCUCAUUGAUGCAGCAACUUUGGCCAAAGUUAACCACUUCAUCAUGGUUUCAUCUUUGGGAACAAACAAGAUCGGAUUUCCUGCGGCUAUACUGAAUUUGUUCUGGGGAGUGUUAAUCUGGAAAAGAAAAGCUGAAGAAGCACUUAUAGCCAGUGGUAUUCCUUACACUAUAGUGAGGCCAGGGGGAAUGGAGCGGCCUACUGAUGCUUAUAAAGAAACUCACAAUGUUACUCUGUCAGAGGAAGAUACUUUAUUUGGAGGCCAAGUUUCAAACCUUCAGGUGGCAGAACUCAUGGCAGUCAUGGCCAAAAACAGUGGCCUUUCAUACUGUAAAGUGGUGGAAGUGAUUGCUGAAACAACUGCUCCACUGACUCCCAUGGAAGAGCUUCUUGCUAAGAUACCAUCACAACGCCAAGGACCACAGGAACCUGGUGCUUCUGAUGAUACUUCUCCUGCACCUUCUAAUGUACUCACGUCGGUGUCUCCAAACACCCCAGUUGUUGAGGAAAUUUCCCAAAGCAAAGCAGUUGCAACUAGGCCACUCUCUCCGUACCCUGUUUACAAUGAUCUGAAACCACCUACUUCCCCCACUCCAACUCCACCUGGUAUACAAAAAGCAAAUCCAGAUACCAUCACAUGGAAAGAUGCUUCAGACAGUCCAACAAGUGCAGAAGAGUCUAGCUCUAGUGUCAAUGAAAUAGAAGUGAAACCUACACCUGAGAAAGCAAAACUUCUCUCUCCCUAUGCUGCAUAUGAAGAACUGAAGCCUCCAAGCUCACCCAGCCCCACACCAAGUGGUCCCAAAAUUUCCGAAGAUCUGAAACCACCUAUAUCACCUACUUCAACUCCACCUAGUGGACAACAAGAAAAUCCUGAUACUGUCUCCAAGAUCGGUCCUUCUGACAGUCCAACAAGUGGACCAGAUUCUCUAUCUAGCAUUGAUGAAAUAAAAAUGAAAGUACCAGCUGAGAAGGCAACACCACUUUCUCCCUAUGUCAUAUUCAACGAACUGAAGCCGCCAAGCUCACCUAGUCCCAAACCAAGUGGUCCCAAAACAGUGCUUCCUGUUAUCUCUAAAACAGAUGAAGUUUUGAUCCCUGUUGCUGGAGGCAACAAUGUGGCAAUUGAAAGUUCUACGAGUGUUGAAAGUUACCAGUCGCCCUACUAUGUAUAUGAAGAUUUGAAGCCCCCUACUUCGCCAUCUCCCAGUGUACCAGUCAUACAGCCUGCAUCCUCAGUCUCUGUGGACGUUUCAGGAAAUGGUGCUCCAGAGCCUCAGCCUUGAUGACAAAUAAUCCAGAAGACCGAGAGGAACAUGAAGAGAGAAAACUGGGGCCACUAUCUCCAUAUCCAGUUUAUGAAGACCUAAAGCCUCCAACGUCCCCAACGCCAUUCCCGAAGAAUUUUUGAAUCUUUGCAUAUAUUCACCUUGAAGAUCCAAAUUAGGAUGGCCAGAAUCUAUGUUUGCACGUUGGGAUCAUUCGUGUUUUACAGCACCAUUCAUGCUGGAGGAGAAUGAGUGGGCUGGCCAUGGAAGAUCAACCAUCAUUCAAUUUUAUGAGAUUACCUGUGAGCCCAAUUUUCCUUUCUGCCUUUGUAUCAUUGCGACAAAAUUUGUCGAUUUGUGACUGCAGUAAGUAGUGUUUCAUUUGAUGCCCCGAUGGCCAAAGUCCACCAGCACGUUCAAGUUUUCCUUUAUCCUAAAUUUAUGAGUGUUUCAUGUAUCACAGUAAACGCUUAUUUGCAAUUUAAUUGGACAUAUACAUAGCAUCGAGCAUAGCUUA